AAUAGAGAACGCGUGUUUCCUAUGAGCGCUGGAGAAUUUAUGAAUUAUGUAGAUGUGUGUUUUUAUCUAUGUGUGUGUGUUAGCAGCGAGAGGAAAACGCAACUCAGAUGCAGCACGUGGUGUAAAUAUAGGGAUGAACCGCGAACAGCGCAAUCGCUUAGGUUUGCAAAGAAAAAAAAAAGAAGAAGAGAAAAAGAGAGAGAGAGAGAGAGAAAAAAAGAGCUCCAGCGCGCUGCGGCAGUUGUCAGGGGAUAUCGGAGAACUCCGCUCUGAUUGGCUGAGGCGAGCCGUGUUGCCAUGGCGACGGCAGGGGGGGUACGGUAGCGUUGCUGUGCGGCGUGAUCUGUGUGCGCGCGGAUGGAGGAAGCAGCUGCUGAUCUUUUGACACAGCGGAGCUCCGAACACAGGAACCGCGACUGCCUGCCUGCAUGAAGCACAGCGGAGCCGCGGAGUCCGAAACGACCUUAGUAUGCACGAAUUUCGGAUGUCUUCUUCGUAUCAGUGGUAGUUAUUAGUCUCCGGCUGCUGUGUAAUGAGGCUAGGUGACCAUCCUGCUGAGUCAGAUCAAGUCUUCCAAAACACCCCAGAAACUCCAGAGGCUGCUGACUCACUCCUGAUCUGACUGCCAUAAGAAAAUUAUAAGUGCAAGAUGGAAAAUCAUCCCUGGGAGAAAUUUUGACAGUGAUGUAUGAGUCGAAGAGGGCUGAUUUCCCCACAGUUUUUUUUCCCCCACUCAGAAUUAACCCUCCAAGUUUGAUGGGUCCUAUAAUCGGGAUGUCUCCAGAUAAGAAAGCCGAGUCUCCAGGAUCUCAGGGUAUGUGCGGAGCAGGAACUCUCCCAGAGGCAGAAAGCGCCUCGAGUCCUUUAGCCACUAGUCUGGACAGGAUCGGUCCUUCCGGGGCUGUGAGCAGGUCUGGACUCGAACCUGAGGACGAUGAGCUGACCAACCUGAACUGGCUCCACGAGAACCUGCUGCAGAACUUCACCCUGGGAGAUGCGCAGUCUUGCAGCGGCCCUUUGUUUGACAUUGAAGGCAGUCUGGGCUCUCCACGUGGACACAGUCUAUCUUCGUCCUCCUCUUCUUCUGUCUCAUCGGGGAGUCCAGGCAGUGAACGGGACCCCCACAAGUCCAAACCGCCUUUUUCUUUCUCUCUUUUGAUCUACAUGGCUAUUGAACAGUCUCCGAGCAAAUCUCUUCCUGUGAAGGACAUCUAUGGCUGGAUCCUGGAACACUUUCCAUACUUCUCUAGCGCCCCCACUGGCUGGAAGAACUCGGUGCGGCACAACCUGUCUCUGAACAAGUGCUUCCGCAAGGUGGAGCGUGGUCUUGGGAAGGCAAAUGGGAAGGGCUCACUGUGGUGUGUUCACCCUGAGUUCCGGCCCUCGCUGAUGCAAGCCCUGAAGAAACAGCACUUUCCAAGCGCGCAGGCUUUCUGCACGCCACCUGCCUCUCCUCCCAGUGCCUCGUCUCCUCCUUGUCACCUGUUCUCCUUGGAGCAAGGCUACUCUCUAAAGGAAUGUGAUUUUGAUGCUGCCACUGCCAUGAUGCUGUUAAAGUCUGCCUCAGAGCAGAACAUUGACCCAUAUGAGCAAGAGGGGCCGAUUGAUCUUUCCCGGAGGGAUCUGGUGGUGGUAAGCCGGGAUCCAAAACAGGACCACAACUACAGCAGCGUCCCUAUACCUCCCUCUCCUCGGCAAACGACGGGUUCCAGCACUGCAACACACGGGCAACAAGAAAAAGCAAAUGGUAGCCACCCUUCAUUAAAAAGGGCCAGACAUGAUCCAAAGCCGGAGGUGGAUGAUGAGUUAAAGGAGGCAGCUGGCUCGCUCCUGCACUUAGCAGGUAUUUGCACCAGCCUUGGUGCAUCAAGACGCAAGAGCAGAAAGCUGGACAGGAAAUGAAGCCUGGCUCUUUAACUUGCUCACCCUUUAUUUCCCUUUACACCCCUCACUAUGUGACUCGUUCCUGUGGCCUGUUCUGGCCUCUCUCCUCUGGUUGAAGUUAAUUUGUUUAAAAUUAAUCUUUUUUUUCUUUUUCUUUUCUUUUCUCAAAAUAUUCCAAUCAUCUCAUCCAACAGGCAAUACUAACACAAACACAGGAGAGAAAAGCCAUACUGAUGCUUUCGUUUUGUUGUACAGAAAAGAUUAGGAGAAAAAAAAAAAUCGACUCAUCCACCAACCUGCGUUCACAACAAAAAGGGUUUGAGGGGAGAAAAAAGAGAACUUUGGGGCAGGGGGAAAAACUCAGAGGAGAUUUGCAUGCUUCCACCUCUUAAAAAAAACAACAAAAAAAAAAACAACAAAUGUAUAUAUCUUGAGAAUGAAUGCAUGACUUUCACAAGUGGCUUGGGCUUCAUUAUAACAACGAAAAGCUAGAUAAGAAAAAAAGAAAAAGAUAUAAAAGUGCCAUUGAUUUUGGAUCAUAAGACUUCAGUUAAGAAAUAUGAUACAAAGAUAAAUGCAAUAAUUAGUUGACCUAAAUACUUGUAGUUAUUUUAUUUUUGUACUGCCGUUUUUUGUAUUCCGUCUGGUAAAGAUGACGUGUCCCCUGGAGCACCGUGCACUCGUAGCUAUGAUGUCAAAUCCAUGUGACUUUCCUCUUCAUCCUGAUUGGACCCCACCCUUCCCUGAGCAGUAUCAUUCUAGUGGAGGGAACAGCAUGAAAGUGGAUCUGUGGCUCUUUGAGUUCACUUCAGUAUUUAUCCGGUGAUUAACUCUGUAGAAAGUGUAUUCCCGUGCCAUUACAUAUCCAGAAUUAAUUCCCACAUGCGUUUACGUGUGUCACAUUUAGCAUUUAAUGCCACUAUAGGACACAGUGUAGUGCGGCGGAUUUCACCAAGAACUCCUUUCUCUUUUAAGUAGCCCAUUUCUUUAAGCAUCACUGUUAUCCAUGUCAUGACUCCUAGAUGUCUGAUUGAAUUGAUACGAGUGCUGAGAGAAGUCAGAGGGCAGGUUUUUUUUUUUUUUUUUUUUUUUUUUUUUAAUAAAUCUCAGUGGACUUUAGUAGGAGCUGUAUGCACGGGGCUUGUGCUUCAGGCUUGGAUGUAGCACUCUGCUGCACAAAUGACCUCGAGAGAGUUGUUCUGGCUCCAGAGGAAACUGGAGACAAUGUGGAUUCUGGAAGAAAAGCGGCUGUGGGAAGAAAGGGGGAAAAAAACAAAACAAAACACUUGCCUUUCUGCAGCUCUGCAAAUGAGGAAGUCAUGGGAACGGACCUACAGGAAGCCAAACUGAUGAGACAGGAAACUGAUAUCCUCAGAACCUGCUACUACCAGGACUUGGUUUGGCACGAGUGCUGGACUUUUCUGACUCUCUGUCUAAACUUACACUUUGGUCUCGUUUUCAUGAAAUCGUCAGGGGUACCACCGCUAUCUUUGCAACCCUCAUCUUUAUUUUUUUCGUUUUGCUUGUUGUUUCAGUUUGAGUUCAAGUUUUAACUGCCUAAGUCAGUGAAAUACCACUCAUCUCUUUCAAGUGAUGGCUAAAUUAAGCUCUGAUCAGGAACGAUUGCACCGCACAGGCAGGUAUCUUCUACAGCAAUUAACUGAGCCUGUUUAAGCCAUGGUGCUACUAAAAUCUAUAAGGACAUCUCCUAUGUCCUGUGUCCUGUGUGUGCGAGCUCACUAGUCCUGUGGUACCUGUGAAGCUACUCAGCAAAAUGUCUCGAUGCGAUCUUUUAACUCUUCCCUAUUUAAUUGCAUCGCUUUAACUGUUGCCAUUGUAAAGUUUCUGCCCAAACACUUUUUGCUGCCAAUUUCCCCCUUAAAUUUGUACAUAGUGAUAACACAGGAUGCAAGUAUUACUAGAGGAGGUUUCGAGGAGAGCGACAGAGCUGUAGUGUUAGAUUUAAAGGUUUGUACAAGCAGCCACUUGCUUCUCCCAAAACAGGAAUAUUGACUUCUGAAUAUCUGACCUCUCUCUCUGUGAUACAGCAUAGUGAUAAUUGUUUUAUUAUUAUUAUUAUUAUAAUUAUUAUAAUUAUUAUUAUUAUUAUUAUGCUCCACUAAUUUAGAGCUGCCAAUCAGUUUGCUUGCAUUUUGUCUGCCAUGUCUGUCUGACAGACUUCCAUCUUUUGGUUUUGUAAGCUAACCUCUGUUAAUAAAAAUGUUUAUAAAGUUUAUUUUUGCCAAAGAUAUGCAAUUGUUGCAUUAUAUAUGGUAUUAAAAUAAAAAAGGGUUUCUUUUA